UGGGCGUGGCUCCACUGCGAUGACGUCAGUGUGAGGAGGGGUUGUGGGCGUGGUUUCCGCGUUGGGGGCGUGGCCAGCGGGGCAGCAAUGGCGGCGCUGCGCGUGCUCGUGGGGGUCAAGCGCGUCAUUGACUUCGCCGUCAAGGUGCGGGUGGCGCCGGGCGGGGCGGCGGUGCAGACGCAGGGCGUGAAGCACUCGCUGAACCCCUUCUGCGAGAUCGCGCUGGAGGAGGCCGUGCGCCUGCGCGAGGCCGGAGCCGCCGCUGAGGUGGUGGUGGCAACGCUGGGCACCAAGGCCAGCCAGGAGACGCUGCGCACGGCCCUGGCCAUGGGCGCUGACCGGGCGGUUCUGGCCGAGCUGGCCGAGGGCGCGGCCGCGGGGCCCCGGGAAGUGGCCGUGGCUCUGGCGGCGCUGGCCCGGCGGCUGCAGCCGCAGCUGGUGCUGCUGGGCAAGCAGGCCAUCGAUGACGAUUGCAACCAGACCGGGCAGAUCCUGGCCGCCAUCUUGGACUGGCCGCAGGGCACGUUCGCCUCGCGGGUGUCGCUGGAGCCGGGGGCGGUGCAGGUGCAGCGGGAGGUGGACGGGGGCCUGGAGACGCUGCGGCUGCGGCUGCCGGCGGUGCUGACGGCCGACCUGCGCCUCAACGAGCCGCGCUACGCCACGCUGCCCAACAUCAUGAAGGCGAAGAAGAAGCCGCUGGAGGUGGUGCCGGCGGCCGAUCUGGGGGUGCCGGCGGGGCCCCCCCGGCUGCGGCUGCUGCAGCUGCAGGAGCCGCCCCCGAGGGCGGGCGGGGAGAAGGUGGAGAGCGUGGAGAGCCUGCUGGGGAAACUGAGGCACGCCGGACGCAUCUGACACCAGUUUGGACCAGUUUGUCCCAGUUCAACCCCAGUGCCUUCCCAGUGCCUUUCCAGUUCAUCCCAGUUUGUCCCAGUGCUGUACAGAGCGUGGAGAGCCUGCUGGGGAAACUGAGGCACGCCGGACGCAUCUGACACACCAGUACUCCCAGUUCAUCCCAGUUCAACCCCAGUGCCUUCCCAGUUCAUCCCAGUUCGUCCCAGUUCAUCCCAGUGCUGUACAGAGCGUGGAGAGCCUGCUGGGGAAACUGAGGCACGCCGGGCGCAUCUGACCCGCCAGUACUCCCAGUUCAUCCCAGUUCAACCCCAGUGCCUUCCCAGUUCAUCCCAGUCCAUCCCAGUCCCUCCCAGUUCAUCCCAGUGCUGUACAGAGCGUGGAGAGCUUGGUGGGGAAACUGAGGCACGCCGGCCGCAUCUGACACACCAGUACUCCCAGUUCAUCCCAGUGCCUUCCCAGUUUAACCCCAGUGCUGUCCCAGUUCAUCCCAGUUCAUCCCAGUUCAUCCCAGUGCUGUAUAGAGCGUGGAGAGCCUGGUGGGGAAACUGAGGCACGCCGGACACAUCUGA